GCCCGCUUCAGUCCGCGCUGGAGGAUGACUAUCUCUGCCGGGUUACUCUUUGGUUGUUUACUUAGUUUUCACUUCCGGAGCUCGUUACUAAACUUCAGAGUUUGGAACUGAAGCUGAAAUAUAUAAACUGAGUUUAACGCUCAUCUUUAAACAAACACGGACAUAAAGGACGAGUUCAGAGGACUCAUCUCUGGACGAUGGCGAACCCCCUGAGGUCUGAAGUGGUCCGACUCUAUAAAAACCUCCUCUACCUCGGACGGGAGUACCCUAAAGGUGGCGACUACUUCAGGGACCGUCUGAGAGCGGCGUUCACUAAAAACAAAGGUGUUCAGGACCCGCAGCAGAUCAGGGAUCUGAUUGGUCGAGGCGAGUUCGUGGCCAGAGAGCUGGAGGCGCUCUACUACCUGAGGAAGUACCGAGCCAUGAAGAAACGCUACUAUGAGGAAUAAACUCUCUACAGAAACCAUGUGUGCUUCUGACGUCAUAAUCAAUAAGAGGAUCCAUUCAAAGAGACAAAGCUUUAUUUAAAACUAAACAAAAACAGAAGCAGCUUUAAAGGUUUUAUUGUUUUGUUCCCAGAGAGUUGACCGACAGAAAAAAACGAUCAAAUAAAAAUAAUUAAAACAGACGAGUCGUCUCCAUGAAACAGCAGCAGGAAGAAGAUCAGGAGAACUCAGUAGAGACGCCUCAC